AUGAUGCACCACGCCCGUCGAGCUAGCUAUCCAUCGCUCAACUACAACCAGGACAACACUUCCCCGCCUCCUCAGCCUCAGUCGGGUCACCGCCAGCAAGCAAGUCAUUCCGGGAUGCCUCAGCAUCAGUCCUUCCAAACCCUUCACCAACAGCAACAGCAGCAGCAACAACAGCUUCACCAGCACAUUCAGUAUCAGCAUCAGCAACAGCCUCCACCACUGCCGAACUCACAACAGCAGCCGAAACAGCAGCAACUUCCAUUGAUGCACGAGCACCUCCAAUAUCCCACACACCCACACCAUCCGACCCAUGCACCUCAUCCCACAAAAGGAAACAGUGGCGCUGCCUUUGGAGACCGACUACCUCCUCCUUCUUCCACUUUGGGAAACAAACUCAUCCGAUCGCACUCGCAUACCUUGAGCCAUCCGCACCUCCAACUGCCUCCCCACCACAACUAUGCCUCUCCACCUCCGCCUCAUCCCAGCCAGCAACAAAAGAUCCAAAAGCAACAGCAACAGCAACAGCAACAGCAGUCGUCGUCAUCGAUGUUGCCUUAUCAUGGACAGCCGAUGCACCCCUCAAUGUCCUUGCCAAUCCAUCCAAUGUCUUCUUCGCCAACGUCUAUGCGCGAUGAUUACCAUCAGCAACAACAGCAACAACAAACAGAGGCAACCAUGGAGUCUGAUGACUCUGCGUCUGACAGCGAAGCUUGUGUCGGAGGCAUCCAAUGGACGCGUCAAGAGGUAACAUAA